AUGGCGAUAUGCAAAUUCUACCAGCAGGGCUAUUGCAAGUUUGGCAGUACUUGCCGGUUUGAACAUCCCGAUGCUGGAAAUAAUCGAAACCAAAGCCAGAAUCGCUUCGGCACUCUUGCUUCCGGCGCAGGAGGUGGCAGCCGCGGAGCAUUACAAGAUGCACUCGACAAGUACAGCAUCGUCACCGAUACCAUGGUCAAGGACCUGACGAGCGAGGCGCCGCAAUGGAUUCUGUCGGCUUACGCGCCGGGGAGGAAUGCCCCGGAGCAGCUGUUUGGAGGAUACCCUCGAGAACAGAGCUUCGAAGAGAUGAGAUUACACUUUAUGAUGGGCAAGGCGGCAGGGAAUGAACAACAGGCUCUCAAUCAAGCACAGGAACUCUAUCAGAAUGCCCAACAGCAAAUGCAAAAUGCUGUACGAAAUAUCGACGAAGCUGCCCGAUUCGUCGUGGAAGCCGAGAGCAAGCACCCCAACCGAUUGGAUGUCUGCCGAGAAGGAUCUCAGGGGGCUCCCUUUGGCGAGUUCCAGGUUGGAAAGAGACCCAGCGGUAUUGCUCAGCCGGCGCAAGCCAAUCCUUUCAGCACCGACUCUACCACCACCGCAUCACCGUUUGGCCAAGCUGCUGCUCAACCAACGCCGAGUGCCUUUGGGCAGCCAGCAGCCCUGGGACAACGACCAAAUCCUUUUGGCACACCGGCAUUUGGCCAACCGGCUCAGCCAAGUUCGGCAUUCGGCCAGCCUUCUCAGCCAUCGUCGGCAUUUGGACAGCAAUCAUCGCAGCCGGCGGCCCCCGCGUUUGGGCAACCGUCCCAGCCAACAUCCGCCUUUGGACAGGCAUCUACCCUUGGAGCCAAGCCGAGCCCGUUUGGAACGCCGUCAUUUGGUCAGUCCGCUCAGCCUACGAAUUCACAACCCGGCGGAUUUGGCCAGCCCAGUCAACUGGGCGCGAAGCCGAACCCCUUUGCCUCUGGUGGCGCGGCAAACCAAGGUUCCAGUCCGUUUGGAUCUCUGGGAACUGCCAACAAUGCACAAGCCCCUGUGGCAGUCAACCCCUUUGCGAGUUCAAACGCCGAUCAGAUCAAUGCUACACCAAAUCCCUUUGCAUCUAAUAAUUCGAACCAGAACAACACCGGCCAGCCAAGUCCGUUUGGACAACAACAACCAACACAGAAUCAAAGUCCCUUCGGCCAAGCUUCAAGGCCGAAUCCCUUUGCUUCCACCACUACAACGGCGAACCAACAAGUAAACAACCCCUUUGCUCAGAGUACCCAAAACCAAACCAACGGUGUCUUUGGAAAACCCUCUCCUGCCCCAUUCGGCCAGGGUGCCUCACAGCAGCCGAGCUCCUUUGGAUCGGCAAGCCAGCCCCAACAAGCCGUUGCUUCUGCAACUGGCGGCAAUAAUCCAUACCCUCCAGAGAGCACGAAGCAGCACCCUUCCCUAGAGAGCUACGCGUCCAGGAAUAUGGAUGGGACGCUGGCGGCAUUCAAAGGCAAGCCUGUUACCUACAAGGACGGCAAGCCCGGAAUCAGAGCAUUCGACGGAACUUGGACACGCAUAUGGUUCCCCGACGGCGCGCCAGGGUAUUACAAGGAUACUGAACUCUCCGUUGAAGCUUUCGACGAGCAGUCCCUGGCUCAAUGGGCGGCGUUUGCGCAAACGGGCCAGUUUGCGGAAGGCAUAAUGCCCGAGUUGCCGCCGCCUCGGGAGUGCACACGGUGGGAUUUUUGA